CUCAUAUUUUUGACUUUGCAGGUUUCAGCUGAUGUGUUCAGAGUGUUGUCAGCUCCUGAUUGUGAACCUGUGGUGCUGUUUCGUAAUGGGGCUACCAGGUUUAUGAACUCACUGCUUGCUGCUCCACAGCAACACAUAGAGGAAAUUUUGUCAGAGGGGGAGGUCAUCAGGUGGAGUACACUCAUUAAAGCAGAUCAACAGCUUGUUGUUUUGUUCGUCACAGAACAGAGAGGAGAGCACUGUCUGUGUUUUCAGAGAUUUAACCCCAACACUUUGGUGAAACACAGAUUUGUGACUGAGCCAGGUCUCUCUGCACCCCAUAGCUUCUCUGCCAUAUGUAGGGGCAGCAACAUACACUUGUUCUACUUGUACUCUAAUGGCAGUGUCUAUGAGAGUGUACUGCCACUCAGAACUUCAGAGACAGGAAUUCAUGUUAUUCAGGCUCUGCCUCGCUCCCUUCAUCUUAGUCUACCUGUUAGGGAGGGGCAACUAACUUUGGGUGCUGCUGUGGUUCUUGAUAAGGCUCAUGUAGCUGUAGUUGGAUUCCCCCACCCUUCUGCUGGUGCUAAUAAAGAUUACCUAUGUAUCUGGAAUACUCACUUCCACAUUCCUCAGGCUAGUAAGGAGAUGCCAGGAAUGAUUUAUACCCAGUUGUGGCAAUGUGGUGGAAGGCUAUAUGUCCCUCAUGGGAAGACACUGUCAGUAAUUCCUUUCGAGUGCCAAAAGUCAUCUCUCGCAGCUGCCAUGGGAAAACUAAAGCAGUCUGGUCAAAGUGAGUCCAAUUCAUGUCUUAUGACCACCCAGCCACAUAGUGAUAUCACAAGGGCACCAGGAAACAACAGAAGGCUGUCAGCUAGACAAACUAAUGCUUCUAACGUAAUGACCAACUCGUCUACACUGACAGUCAAUCAGCUUACAGAACACAUUGAGAAGGGGAUGGUAGAAGACAUCCAGUUAGCAGUGGGUGAGUUUGUUUAUCAAACUCCUCAGACUGAACUUCAGCUUGCAGCAGGAAGGAUGGCAUUAGAUCUAGUGUCAAGAUCUCAGACAGAUAGCAACUUCUACCCUCACAGUGCAUUUCUACAGCUGCUGAAAACUGAGUGUCUCUGCUACAGUGUUUGUCCUGAACUGCUGCUUUUGGCUGUGGAGAAGAAGGACUUUAGUCUCUGUCAGAUUGCUUUCCAUCUUUUCCCUGACAUUCCUGAAGCUAUCACCUGUGCCUAUCUCAAAGCUGUCCUCAGUACUCCUGACUCGGAGAUGGACACUUUGAAUCUUGACACAGACAGCAUGAUGUUUAUGAAAGUUCUUACCCAGACUGGGUGCCCAUCAGAGAACGGUAGCCAGCAGAAUGGCGUCUGUCUGCCAGCACUAUUAGACAGUGGUUUUGAGACACCCAGCAGCAGGCCACAAAGAGAUCCCCUAGCCCUGGAUAUGAACUGCCCUGUGAGCUUACACAAAAGCGCCCUACUAAACGAAGUUCUGCAGACAUCUUACAGUGACAGACUCCUGCUGCCACAUCUAAAAGAUCUCACAGUUCCAGAAGUCACAAUCUUUCUGCAGUAUCUGCAGUUUCUGUAUCUAAAAUAUUCUCAUGAGGCAGGCGUACAAAUCCAAGGUUUACGCUCCCCAACUAUGGCCCAGAUCGUGGACUGGGUUUGUUUGUUACUGGAUGCUCAUUUCACAGUUUUGGUUAUGGCACCAGAAGCGAAAAGACUGGUUUCUGGUCUUCACAAGUUUGUGAGAUCACAGGUAAAACUUUACGCCGAGUUGGAUAAAAUUGAGGGAAGUCUUCAAGUGCUCAAGAAAGCCAGGCAACCUGAAGAUUUUGCCCUGUAUUCCAUAAAAGUGAUCAAGCUCUUUUAAAUGACAUUUACAGAUUCUGUUUUAAUAAAAAUCUGCAGAUGAGUUCUA